UGAAGCCAUAGGUAAACUGUCUGCCCAUGAGUAAUCGAAAUUACCCCUUCUUUGCAUUAGAUGUGUCCAGUAAUUGUGUGUUUAGGUUUUUCUCGCAAACACACCCAGCACAUUCGCUUAGUUGAGAAAUUCGCCCUCGAUGAAAGAGACGAUCGUCGAAUUUUCGAGCCGACGAGAACAAAUAAAAAAGAUAAACUACCCCAGGCGCGAUAAUGGACAACGCCAGCAAAACGACGAAGAAGAAAUUAUUGAAGAAAAAGUCGGCGAGUUUGCGCGAAGACAAAAGCGAGUCGUCGAGGCAGGAGGAGCACGAACUCGAGCUCGAGCCGUCGGAGCCGCCGUCGCAUCCGAGGCGACGAGCUAGGUCCGACAUCUUCGUGGAGACCUUCGGGAUCAAUCGUUGGACGAGGCCGCAACCGGACUCGGCGACGAGAGACUCGGUCGUCAUCGAAAUGAGCCCCGAGGCCGAUAGCUCAUUGGUGAACGAAGAAUCGUCAGUGAGAGAUAACGACUCGUAUCGACUAAAGGCCGGAUUAUGGUAUAAAAAACGACGACCAAGCGUGCUCUACGUGACACUGGUGAUAAUGGCCUGCGUGGCCGUCUUCGUCCUUUUCUACUUGCUCUACGUCUACCUGUCCAAUCAGCUCAUCUAUUACAAAUUUGCGCCCUAUGAGAACGACAUAAAAUGAUGGAGAGGCGAGCGACAACGACAAAACUCAACCACAGCUGCUACUGAACUUUUUUUUACUCUUUUGUAUCGCGCACACAACAAAACAGGCAUAUUUUAAAAAUAACGUGUUUUUCAUCUGGUUGAAUCGAUGAAAGGCCAAGACCGGCAAUUUUUAAUUGUAACGUUCACAUAAUUGUCAUUGUAGGCACAAAAGCAUAACUCGACGCAACACAUGCUAGAAUAAGAUAAAACAAUUACGUUGCCUACGUAUAAUGAUGCUGCGCGAUAGUGUAUUAUAGUUAUGUACAUAUUAGUGCGUGCAAAAUCAUUGACCCGUAGGCCGACUCUUUUUCCCCGAGCAGCUCCACCUGUGCGGAGUCAUGCAUUUAUUUUUACUCGUCGUAUACAUCGGCGGCCAAAGUAACACAUAAAAUGUUAAUGAAAGAAAAAAGAGGUUUUAUCUUUGGAACGGUAGAACCGAUCGACUCGAAGAUGCGAUCGAGCUCGAACGCGCGCGCCUAUAAAACUUUCUGUAGCAGCUGUGUGGUUUUUAAUAAAAUCAUAAAAAUACCGAAAAACA